CUCAGUGAGGCUGAUGCCGUGCAGCAAGCAGUAGGUAAUGAGUCUUUGUGCAGAGUGAAGCUCUUGUCGCUGAACAAUAAAGCAUACGGUACCAGCAAUAAAACACAGGGCUGGCAAAUUUCAGAAGAUUCCGCUGAACCAGGAAGAACAGUGCCUUCGGUGAUGCUGACACACAUUAUAAAAUGAUAAUCAAUUUAUUUUGGAUUCUAAUGAAUAAAGAGUGCAAGGACUAAGACUACAGCUAUUUGAACAGGUGCAUGUGACAGCGCUGCAGCGAUGAGUGGAAUUUUAAAGAGGAAGUUUGAAGAAGUUGACGGCUCCUCCCCCUGCUCCUCUGUGCGGGAAUCAGAUGAUGAAGUUUCCAGCAGUGAAAGUGCUGACAGUGGGGACAGUGUCAAUCCAUCCACUUCUAAUCAUUUUCCCCCUUCCUCCAUCCUUAAAAGGGAGAAGCGGCUGAGGACGAAGAAUGUACAUUUCAGCUGUGUCACCGUGUAUUACUUCACCAGGAGGCAGGGCUUCACGAGCGUGCCCAGCCAAGGUGGCAGCACCCUGGGCAUGUCUAGCCGUCACAACAGCGUGCGCCAGUACACCCUGGGUGAAUUCGCCAGAGAGCAGGAGAGGCUGCACCGCGAGAUGCUGAGAGAACACCUCAGGGAGGAAAAACUGAAUUCUUUAAAGCUAAAGAUGACGAAGAAUGGCACCGUGGAGUCUGAAGAAGCUAGCACUCUUACAGUGGAUGACAUUUCUGAUGAUGAUAUUGAUUUAGACAACACCGAGGUAGACGAGUACUUCUUUCUCCAACCCCUGCCAACAAAAAAACGGAGAGCACUGCUACGGGCCUCUGGGGUGAAAAAGAUUGAUGUGGAGGAAAAGCAUGAGCUACGAGCCAUCCGCCUAUCUCGAGAGGACUGUGGCUGUGACUGCCGGGUGUUCUGUGAUCCAGAAACGUGUACCUGCAGCCUGGCAGGCAUUAAGUGUCAGGUGGAUCGAAUGUCUUUCCCAUGUGGCUGCACUAAAGAAGGAUGUAGUAACACAGCAGGUAGAAUUGAAUUUAAUCCUAUCCGUGUCCGGACUCACUUUUUGCACACAAUAAUGAAACUUGAACUGGAGAAAAACCGAGAGCAGCAAAUCCCCACGCUGAACGGCUGCCACGGGGAGAUAAGUGCCCACAGUAGUUCCAUGGGCCCUGUGGCUCACUCCGUCGGAUAUUCCAUCGCAGACAAUUUUGAGAUUGAAACGGAACCCCAGGCUGCAGUGCUGCACCUGCAGUCGGCGGAGGAAUUAGAUUGCCAAGGAGAGGAAGAGGAGGACGGUAGCAGCUUCUGCAGCGGAGUCACGGACUCCAGCACCCAAAGCUUGGCCCCCAGCGAGUCAGACGAGGAGGAAGACGAGGACGAUGAGGAGGAAGAGGAGGAGGACGACGAGAAAGGGGACAGUUUCGUGGAAGCUUUGGGUCCCCAUGCCGAAGGGGUCCCUCUUCCUUCCGUCCUUUGUUACUCCGACGGCACGGCCGUCCACGAAAGCCACGCGAAAAGCGCUCCCUUUUAUGCCAGCUCUUCUACCCUCUAUUACCAAAUAGACAGCCACAUUCCAGGAACUCCCAACCAGAUCCCCGAGAACUACUCGGAAAGAGAGACUGUCAAAAGCGGUGCCCUCUCGCUGGUGCCUUACACCAUGACCCCGGAGCAAUUCGUGGACUACGCCCGACAAGCGGAAGAGGCGUACGGCGCCUCCCACUACCCAGCUGCCAACCCCUCUGUCAUCGUUUGCUGCUCCUCUUCGGAAAACGACAGCGGUGUGCCCUGCAAUAGCUUAUAUCCCGAGCACAGGUCCAAUCAUCCUCCAGUGGAAUUUCACUCAUACUUGAAAGGCCCCUCCCAGGAAGGGUUUGGCUCUGCAUUGAAUGGGGACAGUCACAUUUCAGAGCAUCCUGCUCAAGAUUCUUUGAGCCUCGCAGAAAAGAGCAGAUUGCACGAAGAGUGCAUCAAAUCGCCCGUGGUUGAGACCGUCCCUGUUUAGUAGCUUAAGUUAUUCUUGGACCAACUCUCUUCCUAUGUAAAGCACUGUAAUUGGAUUUCCUGGGCUCAUCGUGGUUUCAGCUGAGGACCAAGAAAACUUGGACCGUGGUGAAUCUUCCAGACUGUAUUUUGUUUUCUCCCUUCUAGCUACGUGACUGUGCCGUUGCACAAAUGCAGUCUCUAUGAGGGUUUUAAACGAUUUCAGACUGUUUUGAUAGAAAAUGCUAAUUUUAAAAAAGCAUAUCUCACAGUUGCCUACCUGUGAAACUGUGUGAAACCUGCCAAGCUGUGUAGAUCAGAGCUCCAAGUUUUGGAUUAUCGGGCCUGUGCAAGAUUGUUAACUAAGACUGGGAAAUAAUAAGAUUUAGAGUCCUAAUUUUCGAUAUAUCUGAAGAUGAUGGUGACUUUUUAAUGUAAAAGUAAUUAUUGUAAGAAAAAGAUUUAAUUGUUCCAUGCGUAUUUUAUUUAUGGUAGUUAGAAGUCAUGUUUUGAUGAAAACGAGCAGCAGCAUGUUCUUUUAAGCUGAAGACACAUAGUUAGUACCACCGAGCAUGCCCACAUGGAUUGCCUCUGGAAUCCAUUCACAUUUUUAUGAUCGUGUCUGAUCAAAUUUGCAAAUACUUUCUUAAGGGUGAAAUAGGCCUAUUUUUGCUAUUUUGGACAAAUAAAUGAAUCUAUAUGUGCAGGUCCUUACACAGUUUUCUCUAAAGUUAACAGUUAGGACAAUCCUCUGGUGAGGGUCUAGUUCACUGCCCUCCCUCAGUUGACUCCAGAGAUGGAGGUAGAAGGAAUUGCCUUUCUUUUUUAAACAGCAUCAUCUUGGUUCUUAGCUUGGACAGCACCUUCAAACUCUACUCCCCUGCAUCAAAAUGCACUUUAGUGCCCCUUCAUGGUACCUUGUGAGGGGUGGGGACUAAGAACUCUUUGAGAUGAAAAAUUU